AUGACGACAUAUACCAUCACAGAACAGUUUACGGGAGUGAAUAGACCUGUAUACACCAGCACAACAGAUGACCGUAUGAGUAUUUACUACGCAUCCAACCCCUAUCCCCAAAACACCCCUACCUGGUUCGUGGGUCCGUACCCAACGCCUGGAGAAAACGGACUGUACGUGGAAGACUCAAGUGUCUAUGCAAAUAACAUUGAAGAAUCGUUCAAGAUUUGGGACCCUGAAACACGAGAGUGGAAAAACGCUCCACCCGGGCUACAUCGGCUGGGGAGAGCUGACGUAUACCAAACAUGGGUUGGUGUUUGUGGAUACAGGGAAACGACCGGAGCUAUCUAUUCGCCAAAGUAUCCUGGGACAUACCCACACUCGGACAACUGUACCUGGGAGAUCAGGUUUGACCCAGACAAGGUUAUCAAGUUCUACUUCAACUUUUGGGACGUCGCACCCGGGGACAGACUGGUCAUUACGGACACGUCAGGGCAAUCCAGGACACUCGGACCGGACAUGGACACAGCUUGGACCAAUGAAGUUACGGUCAACUUUCUAUCAGACGACAAGCGUGUAAAUGGAAAAUUUGCUGUCCAGUAUGAAGCCGUAGACCACUGUGGAGGUAUUGCUAGUUCAGGAGGUAUCGCACGGAUAUCUCCUUCACAUGGAGGAAACUUCGCCGUCGGGCAGGAGGUAACAAUAAGGUGUACGGACGGGAUAGAGACAGUGGUGGAGUGUCUACAAGACAAGGUCUUCAACAUAACGGGGAUAUACUGUACAAGUUCUACUGAAGGUGAAAUGACGACGGUCAGUAUGGGCACAGCCGCUGCCGGCGACCAAGCGCGAGGCACCACUCCGACAGUAGUGAUUGUCAUUGUGUCCGUGCUUGCAGUGCUAAUCCUCCUCGCUGUGCUGUGUGUGGCUGUGUAUUUCGUCAUGAAGAGAAGAAAAGCCAAGUCGACCAAGCGAUACGCACCAAACUAUCCCAGAAUCCACUUGGACAGCACGGUCGUCAUCUCCUCCCCAACACCUUACGUCAUCCCGACUGCUGACGUCACUCCUGACGUCACCCUCACCUCCGAGAACGUCACCUUUAUCCCAAAGAAGGCGCCUGAGACUGAACAGAACGAGCAUGCGCACUACGAGGAGUCAGAAGUCGGACUGUUGGAGACCGGUGAUGACGUCACGGACAGGGAGGAGGAACUACGUCAGCUGUACGCUCAGCCAAUGAAAAAGAAGAAGGAUCAACAAAGUGACUUUCCGUAUUAUGAAGACCCCCCUCCUCCCGAAGACCAGCACUUUGUAGACAACGAUCUGUAUGGAUAUGACCAGGGGGAUGACGCAAAUGCUGACAACGGGGAACCCUCUAUCCCACAAGCGUUUGUCGACAAUGACCUAUAUGGAUACAACUAGAUAUGUUUAGUCUGAACAUAUUAGACAACAGAUUAGCAAUGGUUACAAAAACAAUGAAUAACGUAAUACAACCACUAUGACAUAUUACUACACUAACAUGUUGGAUGUUGCAAAGACAGAAAUAUGAUACAAGACUGAGUCUAUAUUUAUCUAUAUAUAAUGAUUGAGAUUUGAAACCAGUAUGGCACGAGGAGGUAUUUUCAUGGCCAUAGAAAUUAGGUAAUGUAUUGAGGCACUCCAGAUAGGAUGUGUGUUGUGGUAUGUGUAUUGCAAAGAAUGCUGGGAUGUGGACCAGGCCUCCACGGAGAAAGUCACUGUAAAAAGGAAAACAGGCUAAAGCAUUGUAUUUUGUAUAUAAGCAGUCGUGACCAUAGAUUUGUUUUUACCUUUGUAUUUUAUCAUUGCAUCAGCUUGAAUUGUAUCAAAACUCAUAUUUGAUAGUCUGUAACUAGCCAAUUAGAGGCUAUACCUAGGAAAACAUUUAGGCGAUUCUCUGAUUGGCUGACAGCAGAAUAUAUGUAGGCCACUAAGACUAGCUGGUUUAGCAGAGCGUCCCCAAGGUAUAAUGUACAGCUCUGGUACGAGAAACGUCUAAAACACGCAUGAUUCGUGUUUAUCUUACACUUGUGUAUAAGGUAAUGUGGUAGUGAAUUGGUACUAAAGGGUGUAACAUAUUAGAAAACAUUAAACGCUUGAAACUAUCACUAUA